AGACAUGCAUGCAAAUUAUUCAGAAGGAAAAGCUGUAAAUUGAGUUGAGCCAGUCAGAAACAAGAAACACUAUUACCUCAGACUGUCCAGUUUUACCUUUUAAAACGUUGGGUCAAAUCAUGAAAGUAGGUCACUGAACAUAGCAGUGACACAAGCAAGAUGAAAGAAGUAAAGAUAGCCGGGCUCCUUUUCAUCAGCUAUUCACUGCUUUACGGUUUUGUUGCACCAUUGAACUGCACCAGCCCAACUCCUGAGGCCUUGUUUGAUGCAUUCGAGACUGAAUUAUUUCCUAGAAAACUACUUCGACCUGUAAAAAACUUUACAGAUAUCCUGAACGUAUCCAUCGAACUGAUUAUAGUGGGAAUUUUAGGAGUGAAUGAAAAAGACCAGACCUUAACAGUAUUCAUAUGGCAAAUCCUGGAGUGGGAAAUAGCGGGACUGAGCUGGGAUGAGAAGGAAUGUGGAACUACAAGAGUCUCUGUCCCUCGAGAAAAGCUUUGGGUCCCGGACAUCGUCAUCAAUGAGUUCAUGGACGAGGACAAAUCUCCCAAAACCCCAUAUGUCUACUUAUACAACACAGGUCGUGUAUUUGAUGAUAGGCCGAUCAGAGUGAUCGCCACCUGCAAAUUAGUCAUCUACACUUUCCCCUUUGAUAUCCAAAACUGCUCGCUGACCUUUGAACCAUACCUGCACUUCGCUGAAGACAUAGAGAUGAAUCAAAGACAUUCAGCUGCAGAGAUCCUGGAGGAGUCCAGGGAAGUGCUACAGACCAGAGGAGAGUGGGAGCUUGUUGAUAUCAAACAAGCUCAAACAACCCUUGAAAUUACAGAAGGAACUUACUCUGAGCUCAAAUACUUUAUCAUUUUGAGACGUAGGCCAAUCCUUUAUGUGGUAAACCUCCUGUUGCCCAGCUGCUUCCUCAUCACAUUGGACCUCUUCAGCUUCCUGCUGCCCCCCCAAAGUGUGGACCGGUCCUCCUUUAAGAUGACUCUCAUCCUGGGCUACACCGUUUUCCUGCUCAUCAUGAACGACCUGCUGCCUGUCACUGGAAAUAUAACACCUCUAAUAAAUGUUUUAUUCUCAGUGAGUCUGGCUCUGAUGGUGGGCAGCCUGUUGGAGACAGUGUUUAUCACCAACAUCCAGUUCAGUGCCAGAAAGGUGCCUCACUGGCUCAGUGUCCUUGUGCUACGUUAUCUAGCUGUUGUUGUUUGUCUCCCUCCAAAAAAGAAGAGCAACCGCGUCACAGUCUCCCUUCACCCACCUGCUAGAGCCAUGAGUCCCAGCAUCAUCUCUUCAAGAGAUCUUCAGAGCGUCUCUGGUGAUACACCUCAUGAGAAACCCCCUCCGGAUCCAGCCCUGGAUGAACUGAGGAAGCUGAGCAGAGAUCUCAUGGCCAUCCGCCUCCAGGUAGACAAACAUGCCCAGGGGAGCAAUACCACACAGGAAUGGCAAAUGAUCGGAUUAGUCAUUGACCGCCUGCUUUUUGGCCUGUACAUUGCCAUUAUCUCUUCCCUUUUUAUCAUUAUCAUAUCCAUCUGGGUCUGGAGUAACGCAGAACUUAGUUGACUUAAUGGAAGAGUUAAGUCAGACAGUUAUGUGGCUCAUCAGCAAAAGUUUGACCAGUUAGCAGCUUACACUUAGAUUUAUUAUUCAGUAGUUCGAGUAGAAGAUUCAGAAUCUGAGUUAUUUGAUGCAGGAAAACAAAAUGAAAUGCAGAAGACAUCCAGUAUGUAUAGAGGGAAUGAUUACACCAGGCUUAGCUUAUUUUAAUGUUUAUAUGGAUACCGACUGUUUUUUAUAGUAGAACUGAAAAAUGUGAACCUAUCCUCUAACCAGUAUUAAUUAUCUUCAUGAACAAUCAAUGGUUGAGUCCAAGUUAAAGUUUCUGUAUAAUUAAUUGGAGAUAUUCUGAUAAUAGACCCUAUAUUUUACGUAAUAUGUCAUGCCUACACUUCAAGCCCAAAACACACAAAAAAAAUGUCUCUUUCCUGAAAUCAUGACCUGGCUUCUCAAGAUAAUCCACAGACCUUGUUGUGAGCAGUUUUAUGUAGGAACUCUUUUCCAGAGAUGGGGAUUCGAGUCAUUGUGACUUGGACUUGAGUUGACUCGAGUCACUGUUUUGAUGACUUGUGACUUGACUUGACAAAAAAUAAAAGACUUGAGACUUGACUCGGACUUGGAAGUUAAAGACUCGGGACUUGACUUGACUUGAGACACGAUGACUUGAAUGACUUGAUUGUUAUUCACAUCAUGUUUUCGGUUAGAAUAUAAAAUUAAUAAAUUAAUUUAGAAAAUAAUGUCGAUUACCCGGUAGGAGCGCAGGCUGAGACUGGCGUUGUCAUGAUUGGAUCACUACCCUGUCAAUCAGUCAUGCCCUCUCUACGUACCUUACGUGUUUAUUGGAGAAACAGGCCCUCUUAUAUCAGAUAGGCAUCAACAUGUCAGUGGGAGAGGUACCGAGAGUCAUCGUCUUCGGCUUUCGGAAUUACCAUUAUUACGGCAAAAGAUGAACAGCACAGUGCAAGACAUGCGGCAUAAACAUCCCGGACAGCCAGGUGACAACUUCAAACUUUGUUCGUCGUUUGAAGAGCCAUUCUGCCCAGUAAGUGCUUGUCAAUUAGCUAAUAUUAUCUGGUUAGUCAGAUAAUUUAUUUGCUAACAUUAACCCCAGAAAACGUGAGCGAACAUUCCGACCGGUUCAUCACAAGACUGGCUGUACGUUUUAUGAACAAGCAACACGGGGUUAAAUGAGCUAAAUGGGUGAUUUUGGCCGCUGCCUUGGUUAGUGUGUGUGUGUGUGUGUGUGUGUGUGUGUGUGUGUGUGUGUGUGCGCGCACGCAUGGGGGUCGUCCCUGCAAAGUAAACAUUGCAGCGAUGAAGUCAAUGUUUACUGACAGUUACUUAUAUCUUGUCUUUUCACUUUAUUAAGAUCAGAUUCUGCAGGUAAAAUUACAAUAAUAAGGUGACUUGACUUGGACUUGACUUGACCUAUUACAGGACUUGACUUGACUUGACUUGACAUAAAAUGUGACUUGACUUGACUUGACU